CCGUUUAUCACAACGUCACCUAGGUCGCAAUUCGAACCAUGCUAGGAAAGCUUUGUUGAAAAGGCACAUACUUCAGCAUUGCUUCCUUUGCCGCGCCGACUGCUUGUAGAUCCCCAAGGCGCAUUUCGCGCCCUCACGCUGGUCUGACCGCCAACUGCCAGCCGCGGUGUUCGCAAUCCAAUACUCCGCCGGGACGAGCCUCAGACAAGAUGUGCCACGCUGUGCCGAUACUUUGCCGAAGGUAGCUGGAAGCUGAGAUUAGCCCUGGCUGCGGAAACCGGCGAAGAUGGGCCAGGGAUUCUCCCUUGCUGCUCCCCGCGCGGGGUCCGCCAGCAUCGACGUCCCCGAGCUCUCCGACUUGGUUUACGAACGCUCCGUCGGCACUGGCGGCUUCAUGAAGAGCAUCCGGGCGAGGCGACAUGACGGCGUAGUGCUUGCCAAGGUUCUCAUCAAGCCGUAUCCCAUGUCGCUGGACAAAUACAAGCAGGAGAUCAUCCGCGAGCGGCGAGCCCUUGCUGAUGUGCCGAACGCCCUGCCGUACCAACGAGUAGUCGAGACCGAAACGAACGGUUACCUUGUCCGCCAGUUCCUCUACAAUUCUCUUUACGACCGCCUCAGUACCCGACCGUUCUUGGAGGACAUCGAAAAGAAGUGGCUCGCGUUCCAGCUUCUAUGCGCGCUCCGCGACUGCCACGCAAAAGGCGUCUACCACGGCGACAUCAAGACCGAAAAUAUACUGGUGACCUCUUGGAACUGGCUCUAUCUCUCCGACUUCUCCUCGUCCUUCAAGCGCGUCACGUUGCCCGAGGACAACCCAGCCGACUACUCCUACUUCUUCGACACCUCUGGCAAGAGAACCUGCUACAUCGCUCCCGAGAGGUUCCUGCCGCCUGGCGAGGAACCCGAUCCGAAUGCGAAGGUGACAUGGGCGAUGGAUAUCUUCAGCGCCGGCUGCGUCAUUGCCGAGCUGUUCCUCGAGACCCGCCUGUUCAGCCUGAGCCAGCUUUUCUCGUACCGGAAGGGGAAGGGAGACUAUGAUCCUUUCAUCACGUACCUCAGCAAAAUUCCGGACAAAGACCUUCGCGAGAUGAUCGCCCAUAUGAUACAGCUGGAUCCCCAAAAGCGGUACGCGGCGGAGCAGUACCUGGAGUUCUGGAAGGGCAAGGUGUUCCCGGAAUACUUCUACAGCUUCCUGCACCAAUACAUGGAGCUGAUCACCAACCCUUUAUCUGGCCAGAACGCCUCCGCUGGGGCUGCGAGGAAUCUUAGCGAGCCUGACCAACGGAUCGAGCGGGUGUGGCUCGACUUUGACAAGAUCUCUUACUUUCUUGGAUACCAGGAUGGCGGUCUUCGCGCUGAGCAGCGCCGUCUCUCCCCCAGGCUUGGGCUGGCCCACUUCCCCGUGCGGUUGAACAUCCCGAAUAAUGAACACUACGUCUCGGCCGAUAAGCAGCCGUCUGCCGACGAUGGCACCCUCAUCUUCUUGACCCUGGUUGUCUCGUCGCUUCGCAACACUGCGCAUGCGUCCGCAAGGAUCAAGGCAUGCGAUAUAUUGCUUGCUUUCGCCGAGCGGCUGACUGACGAAGCGAAGCUGGACCGCGUUCUUCCCUACCUCGUCGCCCUGCUAAAGGACAAAUGCGACAUGGUUGUGGUUUCCGCGGUUCGCGCCAUCACCCAGCUUCUCGAUCUCGUCAAGGUCAUCACGCCGGUGAACUCGCAGAUCUUUCUGGACUACAUCAUGCCGCGGAUGGAAUCACUGCUGCAGGACACGCAGCGUACGCCCAGUCCGCUUGUCCGCGCGACGUACGCCUCCUGUCUCGGGAAACUGGCCGUGACUGCGGACCGCUUCCUCGCCAUGGCUGCGACGCUGCGAGCGGACGGAUCCGCGGCCCUUGCCGAUCCCGAGGUUGAGGCCGGGAACGAGCCAGAGGCGGCCUUCGGCGGGCUGUUUGACGGCGCUCGCCGGGAGCUGUCGGACGUAUUCGAGUCCCAGACGAAGAUUCUCAUUGAGGACUCGGAGCCGUUUGUUCGGAGAGCGUUCCUCACCUCGGUACCCGAUCUUUGCGUCUUCUUUGGCGCAGCGCAGGCUAACGACAUCAUCCUCACUCAUCUAAACACGUAUGUGAACGACCGCGACUGGAUGCUGAAGUGCGCCUUCUUCGACACCAUUGUGGGCAUCUCAGCGUUUCUGGGAAGCAACACUUUAGAAAAGUUCAUCCUGCCCCUCAUGGUCCAGGCGAUUACCGAUCCAGAGGAGCAUGUGGUACAGGGGGCGCUGCACUCCCUGGCAGAGCUGGCGAACCUGGGGCUCCUCACGAAGCAGACCUAUCUCGAGCUUAUCGGCAUCACUGGGCGGUUCACCAUGCACCCCAACGUCUGGAUUCGUGAGUCGGCUGCCGACUUCAUCUCGGCCGGUACGCGCUUCUUGAGUCCAGCCUAUCUCCGAGUUCAGGUGCUUCCGCAGCUCGCACCCUAUCUCAAGCCCCACCACAUACCGGCUUUCGACGAGCUCAGCUUGCUCGAGGCCCUCCAGAAACCGCUAUCUCGGUCGGUGUUCGACCAAGCCAUGCUGUGGGCGUCCAAGACAGAUAGAGGCGAUUUCUGGAAGCCCUUCAGAAAACUUCGCGACGCCAUUUCGGGGCCGAUCUCAUCCAGGCCAGCGGAGUCAAACCCGCAGCUGCUACUCAAGGCUUCGAGGAACGAGGAGGACGAGCAGUGGCUGAACAAGCUGCGAAACCUAGGCCUUGCCCCAGAGGACGAGCCCAAACUGCUCGCGCUCAGGGAGUUCAUCUGGCGCUUAAGCCAGAUCAAGACAAGGGACUCGACCGCGCAAGAGACAGCGAAUACUGCAGUGCUCAACAGCAUAAUCCCGCUCCGUAGCCUCGGUAUCAGACCCCAGACUGUCUUGUUCGACGAAGAGCCGCUGGCGAGCCCUGCGAUAAACCCUGAGCAGGACACGAGCGCUCCACGGACGAUCAGGGACGCCCUUCUCGACGCUUCCAUGUCGAUCGAUGACCCUGUCGGCAAGAGGCGGCGAGCUGCCCUGAAUAAUCACCGCUCUCUGCUCGGCAGCAGGGACAACAUGUCACCCACAUCUGUGGACAGCAGACGCCCGCUGGAGGAUGAGUUAACCGCCUCGCCGACAACGGCAAGACAAGGCGAAAGCUCGAGAGAUACAUCCAGACGGGCAUCCGUCGUCCAAGGUAAAGCUCCCACAUCAUCACUGACGGACGAAAACGGCCCGGUCCAGGACGCUCCGUACGCCGCCAGAAGGGCCCUUCGGCAUCAGUCAAGUGCAAUCAGCCUCAUGAACCGCAAAGACAGUGCCAAAUCCGGGCCCGAGACUGGUACAACCGAGACAAAUGCGUUCGGUGAGGUGGAGGGGCCGUUCAGCCAGGCUCCAAUCCGGAUCUCGUCUCAUCCCGACACAGACUCGGCGCUAGCUCAGGCGAAAACGCGAUUGCGAGCCAACCACACGUACACCGGGAAUGACCCCAACAUUCUCAAGAUGCUGAACGCCAUGUAUGUCGACAACUACCCCCAUGAUCUUGUCGAGUACGGGCCCCUGGUCACGCCAGUUUCGCGCGACAAGUCCACCAGAUCAGCGGCGUCCCAACAGGGAGCGGAUGACAGGUGGCGACCCUCUGGAAAGCUUGUGGCCACGUUCUCCGAACACACCGGCGCUAUCAACCGAAUCGUCGUCUCUCCGGACCACCAGUUCUUCCUCACCGGCGGGGACGACGGGUGCGUCAAGGUCUGGGACACGGCACGGCUUGAACGGAACAUCACUCACCGGUCGAGGCUUACGCACAAACACGCUGCGGGCGCCAGGGUGCUGGCGCUGUGCUUCAUCGAGAACACGCACAGCUUUGUCAGCUGCGCCAGCGACGGUAGCGUUCACAUAAUCAAGGUCGAGACCGUGCUCAGCGGUGUCAAUUUCCGCUACCCCCGGCUCCGCGUCCUGCGCGAGUACCAGCUCGUCGACGGCGAGUUCGCUGUGUGGUGCGAGCACUUCAAACAGGAAUCCAACUCGGUCCUGGUUCUCGCCACGAACAAGUCCAACAUCCUGGGCAUCGACCUCCGGACCAUGUCGCUCCUCUACAAACUCGAAAACCCCGUGCACCACGGGACGCCGACCUGCUUCUGCAUCGACCGCAAGCGCAACUGGCUCUGCCUGGGCACGUCACACGGCGUGCUCGACCUCUGGGAUCUGCGGUUCAAGAUGCGGCUCAAGGGCUGGGGCGUGCCCGGCAAGGGCUCCAUCUACCGGCUCUGCAUCCACCCGUCCAAGGGCCGCGGCAAAUGGGUCUGCGUGGCGGGCGGCACGGGGCAGGGCGAAGUGACCGUCUGGGACCUCGAGCGCACGCUCUGCCGCGAGAUCUACCGCGUGGGCGGCAACAAGGAAGGACCGAAGGGCUACGAGGCGUGGGAGGUCGACGAGGACAAGCCCGAGAGCAUGCUGGGCCGCUUCGCGACCAACAUCGAGCCCUCCGCGGCCACGGGAAACGCCGACCGCGGCGUACGCGCCAUGCUUGUUGGCACCGGCACCGGCACCGGCGGCGGCAGCGGCGCAGACGACCAUUACUCGCAGCGCGACGUGCGCCACGCGUUCAUCAUCACGGCCGGCUCCGACAAGAAGCUCCGGUUCUGGGACCUCGCGCGCAUCGAGAACAGCGUCGUGUUCAGCGGCCUGCAGCCCGACGAGGGCAGGCCGACCUUCACGGCGAGCCACCCCACGCCGUCGAUGACGCUGAAUACGGAGCGGUGGCCGAGGCCGGUCGGCUCGUCUUCGUCAGCGGCGGCUGCUGCUAACGGAGCGGGCACGCGCACUUCGGGCCGCGCGCCGGGGAGCCGGCCGCCCCGGUCGACGGUCAUCUCGCUGCAGCAACAGCAGCUUCUGAAGAGCCACCUGGAUGCGGUGACGGACGUGGCGCUGCUGGAGUCGCCCUAUCCGAUGUCGGUGUCGGCAGACCGCAGCGGGGUGGUGUUUGUCUUUCAGUGAGGGUCUUUAGUUACCUAUGAUGUCUCACAUUCAUAGUCACGCGUCGCAUGGGUUUGUCUGAAGGGGUGUUGAGCUGGAAGGAAGGGGAGUUUGGGUGGCGAUGGACAUGGCGUGGUGGGAAUUGGAUUCUGGGUUUGGAAGUGGGUGGCUGAUUUGGUUUAGUCUACUUGGGGUGUUAGCUAACUUAGCAUUGACUUGAUGCGCUUACCACAGUAUGGACGAAGAGUGCAGGUGAUAUCUUCGCUCUCCUUCGCUUGGUGUGAGGUCGGAGUGGAAUCGUAAUGGCAAGGGUUAGGGUGGCGAUAACCAUGUGGCCCCACUUAGAUAUCACUUCAGCCUUGUGGAGCUUGAUUGCUG